AUGCCAACAUCCGCGGGCUUUUCGUGUCCUCUUCGGACAACUACUUGCCCUGACGUCCUCUUCGGACAACUACUUGCCCUGACCCGUCCACCCAACGGCGCUUCAAUGUGGGAACAGCACAAAGAGGAACUUACGCAUGACCUCAUCCGUAUCUAUGGCACCGACGACAGUCUUCGCUUCGCGCAUGGUCUACGUGACAUAAGAUUGAUCGCAGAGGCUAAUAUGGUUGACUGGACGAAUUUAAACUUCCCGGAACCACCGGCUACCGCUCUCCGUCAAAUGGCUCCAUUCGAUGAGUAUGUCGUGCCUAAUGAGGAAUAUGUUAGUCGGCUAAAUACGGGGCAGCUCACAGCGUAUAAUGCUAUUUUAAACACCCUAAGUUCGUCGUACACAGGCCCUACAUGUUUCUUUCUGGAUGGUCCAGGUGGCACUGGCAAAACGUUUAUAUACAAGGCCCUCAUACAACAUUUCAGAAAUAAUGGACACGUCGUCAUCCCAUCCGCGUGGACCGGAAUAGCGGCCCUUCUAUUGCCUGGCGGCCGUACCUCCCAUUACUUCUUCAAACUACCGGUUCCCCUCACCGAACAUUCUAAUUGCAACGUAAGCCGUGCCAGUGCCGCAGGCCAACGUUUGAUGGCUGCAAGACUCAUUAUUAUGGACGAGGCGUCCAUGUGCGAACGGCGGGCUCUUACGGCGAUGGAUCGCAUACUCAAAGAUUUGACAGGAAACUCCGAGAGGCCCUUCGGUGGCAAAAUCAUUUUGCUGGGCGGUGAUUUCAGACAAUGCGCUCCAAUAGUUCCUAAUGCUCCUGCUGGCUCGAACAUAAUUCCUAAUGCUCCUGCUGUCUGGAACAUCGCCGAGUCCAUACGUAGUAGUCCUCUAUGGCCGCAUUUCAAAAUUAUCCACCUUACGCAGAACAUGCGAAUUGGACCCGGCCAACAAGAUUUCGCCGACUACCUGCUGACUAUCGGCAAUGGAUCAGCAAACGUCCCCGACACAGACAUCACGAGUAUUCCGGCUGAUUUAUUAUUCCACGGUUCCCCGCAGGAUCUCAUUCACUGGGUAUAUGACAAUAACCUUGCUCAGCCAAACCCGGACCAUGCUUUACUCUGCCCACGUAACGACCACUGCGAUUACGUUAAUAAUCUUAUAUUAGAUUCUCUGGAAGGAGACCAGCGAAUUUACUUUUCUGAUGAUAAAUUAAUCGAUCCAUCAGCCGAAGCGAUUGUAGAUUACCCCAUCGAACUGCUCAAUCACGUUGAAGUGGCUGGCCUGCCUCCACAUAAACUUCGCCUCCGAGUCGGCGCCAUUGUCAUUCUGAUUCGCAAUAUGUCUCCGGCCGACGGUUGA